UCUGCAGUCAGAAUGGUAAAGGGAGAAAUCACUGGUUGUAAUUUUGAAGGUGGGUUCAGCUCACUGGUUUAUGAUGGGAACUUGCAUGAUGAGGAGCAACCUUCUUACCCCCAAUCUAACCAAAACAGGCAACCAGUGUCGAUGUAUAGAAAAUCACCUGGGAGACUUAACAGACCGGCUGCAGUGAACCUGGCGCUACUUGCUGCUGUUCUACUAAUGGUUGAUAUCGGCCUGUGGGUUCACUACAACAAACUCCCAAAUACCAGACCUAAUGAUACAGAACGCAUCAGCAACGAGUUGGCCAAACUCCAGGAUACUUACAAGGCUGCAGUCGAAUCAUUAGACAGUGCCAAGAAGCAGCUGGACAGUGAGAUGAGUCGUCAGAUUCCAACAGACUGGGAGCUUGAACACCAGACAAGAAGAAGCACAAAGUAUAAAGAGCAGCUUGUUACAAAGCCUGAGGAUGCUGCAAAACUGAAAUACCAAAUAGAAAUAAUAAGCAAUGGCUGCAAAUACUGUCCACCAAGAUGGAUUUUGAUGAACUCAGUGUGUUACUACUUCCCAUUCGCUGAAAGUGACGGGGUCAAAACAUGGCAAAAAGCGAGAGAUUACUGCCAGAUGUACGGAGGUGACCUUGCAGUCAUAGACAGCAAAGACAAAGAGAACGCAACUGUAAACCUCUUACUGGAUAACAACAAAUACCUCCCACACUCCACUAUGGGCCACUGGAUUGGACUGAAGAAUUUCCCCAAAGAAGACACUUGGAGAUGGGUGGAUGGAAGAGCACUGGUUGAAGGGUACUGGGGUGAUGGAGAGCCAAACAGUAACAAUCAAGGUGACUCUGACUGUGGAGUUGUACAUACCAAAGAAAACUUCUUCAAGGCUUGGAAAGAUGUUAGAUGUGAACAAAAACAGAAAUGGAUUUGUGAAAAAGCCCCAAAUUAUACGACUUAACACUUUAUGUUUACUGCAUUUGCUCGCAAGCUCAACUUUUUCCAUAAAGAGUUAAAUUCACCUUGGAGACUUUCUGACAUCUUCUGAAUUUUUCUGUAAUGAUGAACAGUAUCUUUACCAAAUCAGAACCUUGAUUAUGUGCUUGCUACUGUUACACAUAUCUCUGUCUGCACAAUUUAAUAAACUGUUAACACUGUA